AUGUACGACAAACGACGACAAAUAUAUCCGGCUUUUCCUAAAUCUCUAAUAGAGUCGAUUGAACAACUUAAAAGUAUGGAUAAUAAUGAUGUACUUAAAUUUAAAGGUGACCAGUUUGUUUUUGUGCCCGAUAACAAAUUAUUCGUUUGUAUUACUACAGAACAAAAUCUAAAUUGUAUGGUUGAUUCAUCAGAUUUUUUUGCCGAUGAAAAAUCUAUAUCAACCUAUAUUGACAUGUGGUUGUAUCUUCAAGAUUUGUGUGAAAAACUUAUUUUCAAAAAACUUGUUAUUCGCAAAAUACAUUUAGAUUUUGAAAUAAGCGCCCAUGAAGCAUGUCGAGAAGUAUUCCCAAGUAUUAAAAUUCAAGCAUGUCGAUUCCAUUUAGGACAGUGUUGGUGGCGAAAAAUAAAUUCUGUGCAGCAACUCCGUACAGCAUAUACUAACGACGGCGAGUUAGGAAAAUGGUUGAAACUAUUUUUUGGGUUGCCAUUCCUACCACCACAUGAGAUUGAAAAUGCAUUCGUUGAACUUGUAUCAAUAUGUCCAAAUAUAGAUAUAGGAUGCUUAUUUUCUGAUUAUUUAUUAAAUACGUACGUAGAAGAUGAUUGUCUAUUUCCGCCAAAAAUUUGGGCUCAAGAGCCAUCAGAAAAUCCUCGUACAACAAAUGGAUCGGAGAGUUUCCAUAGGACAUACAAUGCGCAAUUUCAUAAUCCACACCCUUCUAUUCAUUUGGUUAUAUCAGUUCUGAAGGAAACUCAAGAAGAGACCUGCAUCAGCAUCUAA